GGAUGGCAGAAGGAGACACUAUCUACGACUACUGCUGGUACCCCAAAAUGAACUCGAUGGACCCAGACUCCUGCUUUGAAGAAGCAGAGCGGCCAGAACGGCAUCAUCUCCUGCAUCGCCUUCAGCCUCUGCCAGUCGCUCUAUGCCUGUGGCUCGUACUCACGCUGCACGGCCCUCUACUCGUGCCAGGACGGCACCAUGCUGACUUUGCUGCCCGCCCACCACCAUGGGGGGAUAACCCACCUGCUCUUCUCGCCCGACGGCAACUACCUGUACACGGGCGGGCGCAAGGAUCCAGAGAUUCUGUGCUGGGACAUUCGAGAGCCGGGUCAAGUGGUGUUCUCCCUCAAGCGGAACGUGGCGACCAAUCAGCGCAUCUACUUUGACCUCGAUUCGUCGGGGAGGUACCUGCUGAGUGGGGACACAGAAGGCAUUCUAUCAAUGUGGGACACCAGCGUGACGGCGCCCAGUGGCAGUGAGGAGCUACUCCAGCCUCAGCUCAGGUUCCAGGCCAAUUGGGACUGCACCAACGGAAUCAGCAUCCAUCCCUUCAUGCCGCUCCUCGCCACCUCCAGCGGUCAGCGGCAGUUCCCCUGGCCCAGUGAAAACGAGACUGACUCGUCCUCUGACGACGAGGGCCGCGACACUGCCAUCUCCGCCGCCACUUCACCACAGGCAAGCCGCCAAGACAACAGGCUGUGCCUGUGGUGGGCGGGACCAUGUGGCUCCGCCUCAGAGGAGCAGCGGGAGCAGAGUGUGACAGUAGCGGAUGCCUGAGACGGGCAGAGGUCAACGUUUUGUGCACAACAGCCCGUGCCAAUUAGAAAGCGGGUAAGCGUCCUUCAAUAGGGAUGCACAUGACGACUUUUAUGAGAAACAGAUUAUUUUUUUAUUCAAGUUUUUUGUAUGUAUGUAAAAUGCCAAACAUCUUUUUUGUUCUUAGCAACACCUCAUGUUAGUUAUGUUAGAGUUUUAAGACAUUCUAAACCACAAGUGAACCUUCUUUAUUUUUGUAAGGAAGUCCCGCUACCCUGAGAGGAACAAGCGGUAGUAAACGGAUGGAUGGAUGUAAGAACACCACAUACAGUAUGUGUAAGCCCACAGUCUGAAUCCACACAUACUGUACACGGCCAUGUUUGCUGUUUGUGCCCCAUAUUUAGGAGUGUAUCCAUAAGUAAGCACACUCCCUUAUUGGAAAAGCAUUUUAGCUAAUCAGAAGUCAGAGAAAGGUCCCUUUAAAGAGGCAUUUCACACAUUGACUGGCUUGCUAAAGCAAUAAUCAAAUAAUAAUUACAAACAGUGCACUUGCAGUACAUCUGGUAUCAUGUGAAUAUGGCCUAAAGUUAGAUUUUUGACAAAGUAUGAACUGUUUUAUCACAAAACAGCGCUGAUGUCUUAAAUAUAUGCCACAGGUGGCGCUGUGACAGCUCUCCUAUGUAUUUACAGUAUAUAAAAAAAGGCAAAUCUGUUGACAAACUGGUGUCCCUCUUUAUUGAAGACGUGUGUCCACCUUUGUUUGGUGAAAGCAGAUGCCUGAGAGCCACAGGGAUGCAGGCAAAGGGACGAGGGGAGGGAGGGGUGCAAUACCCAUCUAGAUGGAGAGCUGCACUUCUGUGGUGCCUGUUGCUUAGCGACCGUCUCCGCCUCAGAAGGGAAUAGCAGGUACAAAGACAACAGGGAGGACCAAAAAAUUAAGACAAAAGUGUAAUAAAAGAUCAACGACUGUUUGCUAUGUUCUGUCCUUUUCAAUGCCAAAUGUUUUAUUGCUCCUUUUUUAGAGAGGAAGUUCAUUUUAGCCUUCACAAGUUGCAAAAUAUAAAUUCUGCUCGGAAUUCCCAAAUUUCCCGCCGCAGCGACCUUGGGGUUCAAUAUGCGCAAUAUUAGGCACAGAAGCACAAUACACCCAAGACAGAGUUUUAAACAAAAUCUAUAAAAUGUAAAAACACAGUUUUGCUUAAUAGCUUGAUAUUUUUAGCAAGUUUGUCUAAUGGGACAUGUUCAUGUAUUAAAAAUAAAUCAAAAAUAUGCUUUUUUCCUGAAAAUGUAAAAAAGCUAUUAUUUAAGUAUGUAACAAUUUUGUAUGUAUAUUAUGUCUUUAAUGAUAGUGGCCAUUAGUACAGUGGUUUUUAUUCAACAUGUCAAAUUAUUAAUUUGUUUCUAAGUUUAAAAUUGAUUAAGCUGCUUAAUUACUGUAGAGACACACUCAUGUAGAUAUAUUCCUGUACGCUUGCAUGGACAUAUAAGGGUUAGGUCAGCUGGGAUAUGCCCCAGCUUAUCAGUGACUCCAUUGGUAAACUGUAUAGAAAAUGGAUGCCAUGUUGAUUUAGAAACUUACAAAUAUAUAUAUUUUUUGGUCAUACUGAAAGACCCAUCCAAUACCGUUCUUCAGUGUUCUGGCUGAGGCCUGAAGGUUCAAUUAUUUUUGACCCCACCAGGUCAAGUCUUGCAUGGAAUGAAAGGGAUUCACCGCUAUCUUGUAUUUCUUCCACUUGUCAACUGCAGCAUCAAUAGUGCAGAUCUCUUUCUCACCAAGCUUCAAACUGACCGUCCAGUCUGGUGCAGGUCUACCAUCUUAUCCAUGAGGUCUUUUGACAACUUUUUGUAUUGCAUGCCAGUUAAAUGUGUUAUAUGGUAAGCAUAUUGUGUGUCUAAAUAAAUGUGUGUGUGUCAGAGUCUGCUACCAGUGUGUGAUCUGC